GAUUAGCAUUUAUAUAUUCUAUAAAUUACACUGCUAUAUUAAUUGAACUUUUUAAGCAUAAAUUGUUAUAUAAAUUGACAAUGUAAAUGCAGUGUUUACAUGAAUUUACUAAUUACUUAAACUUAUUUUACAAAAUGUAACUGAAGAACUGAUCUGCCCAGAAUGUUUCAUUCGUUCGUUCCAAGAGAAUCUUUCGAAUCUACUGUCGUCAUGGAGACAGAUGAACUGGAACAUUCCCCAGUGUUUUGAAGGCCGGGUUGCGUCUGUGGCAUGCUGCUGAUUCUACAGCAGAUGGCGGUAUUUCCCACUUUCAUUGCACUCCCUCGUUCCAAGACAUUUCCUCCCAAAAAAUAUAACGGAGAUGGAGAAGUUCUGGAAGUCCAUACGUUUGAGUCAGCGGACGUUUAACUUUCCCCUUCUGACUAAGUCCCUUCGACGGAUGGGAUAAGGAAACUUUCGCCCUAAGAAAACUCAUUUUAUAGCGAAACUUGCUUAUUUUUGAGAGUUUUGUCAUUGAAAUGUUACAAAUAGUUAUCGUAAUUGUCAAGAAGUUUGGCGGUUUUAACGACUUUCCAGCUUGAAGGUUGGUUAUCUCCUGUCUAAUCCAGAACAUCUUUCAUCAUGGGUGACUGGAGCGCACUGGGGAAACUUCUUGACAAGGUCCAGGCGUACUCCACGGCAGGAGGCAAAGUCUGGCUCUCCGUCCUCUUCAUCUUCCGGAUCCUGGUGUUGGGGACGGCGGUGGAGUCCGCCUGGGGAGACGAGCAGUCGGCAUUCAAGUGCAACACGCUGCAACCCGGCUGUGAGAACGUGUGCUACGACAAGUCUUUCCCCAUCUCCCAUGUGCGCUUCUGGGUGUUGCAGAUCAUAUUUGUGUCCAUGCCGACCCUCCUGUACCUCAGCCAUGUCGUGUUCCUUAUGCAGAAGGAGGAGAAAUUAAAUAAAAAGGAGGAAAAAUUAAAAGACAUCCAGAGCAAAGGAGAAGAUGUGGAUGUGCUGUUGAGGAAAAUUGAAAUGAAAAAGUUCAAGUACGGCCUGGAAAAUCACGGGAAGAUCAAAAUGAGAGGAGGGAUAUUUUACACAUAUAUACUGAGCAUCGUGUUAAAGUCCAUAUUUGAAGUUGUUUUCCUGUUGAUUCAGUGGCACCUUUAUGGAUUCAAGCUGUCAACUGUUUAUACGUGUCAAAGGUUCCCUUGUCCACAUAAAGUAGACUGCUUUUUGUCUCGUCCCACUGAGAAGACGGUUUUCAUCAUCUUUAUGUUGGUCGUUUCUCUGGUCUCUCUGGCCCUCAAUGUCUUUGAGUUUUUUUAUGUGAUUUUCAAGAGGAUGAAGGACCGUUUCAAAGAGUCGGAGAAAAACUUUGAAAGCGCCUGUAAUAUCAAGACCUGCCCAAGGAACCCGUCCAGAUAUGGGUAUUACAACGACUGCUCGGCCCCCGUCCCUAAUCUGGGCUAUAACCUAGAUAUGGGCGAUAAAUCCAACUCCUCUGACAAUUACGACAAGCAGGCUCAUGAGCAGAACUGGACUAAUUACAGUACAGAACAGAACCAGCUGGGUCACACUCGGCGUUUUCCAUAUACAGAGAAAGUGACUCUGGGGAAGGAUCUGCUGCUCAAAGAGCUUGAACCUCGACCCAGUAGUCGAGCGAGCAAUCGGGCCCGGCCGGAUGAUCUUGACAUCUAGCAGAAGCCUCAAACACAGGUCCCAUGGACAAUUUCUAACUUUUACAAGUGGUGAACAUAAAAAAAAAAGAAAAACUGUGAAAAGGAGACUGUCACUGACAUCCAAAGAGUAAUAUUUCAGCAUUUAUAUUUAUUUUAAGAGUUUUUGCUAUUGUCACUCAAGCCAAACUGUUUUUUAUAUGUAAACUGUAUUUGCGCUGUGAUUGUAAGAAUUUAAAUAAUUUCAUAGGUUUACUCUAAAAUAAACAU